AUGAGCCAAGCUGCCACGUCUCAGUCAUGUCUCCACCUUGUGGAGCACACUUCCCUCCUGCAACAGCUUUCGAAGAAAGGUAGGUGGCAGCAGGCUUGGGAUGCGCAAACUCACCUGCCAACAAGAAGGAUCCACGGGGACCAGAUGAGUUGCACGUCUUUGUUGAAGAGUCUGCGACAUCCAGGAAGAUGGGAUCUGGCGCUGAGCUUUUGCAGCAAACUUGGCCACACUGCCGUGAGGGUGAACCAGUUUGUUUUCAACGCUUUGAUCAGUACCUGCACCUACCUGAACGCAUGGCAGUUCGGGCUGGCCGCAUUGAUUUGCAUGGGCGUACUUCGUAUCUGCCGGGAUACCAUCAGCUACAAUACGGUGGUGGCUGCAUGUGCAACGCGGCAGCUGCAUGCCUGGCAAGCUGCCCUUGGACUCCUCAACAAAGGGAACUUUGCAAAAAGAGACACGAUCAGUCAAAGUGCCGCUAUGGCCGGUUGCGCCAGCAAUAGCCUCUGGCUUUGUGCCUUGGUGCUGCAACACGAGACAGUCGACUCAGGCAUCGAGACGAACGCGAUUUUGUGGAACACGUACCUGAAUGCCUUAGAAGGUAGUGGCGAGUGGGGCAUAUUGCUGGAAGCGCUGCGGGGCAUGCAAUGCAUCAGUCUGAAGCCAUCCCCGACAAGUCUCACUCCUGUCGUCAACACAGUCGGGUCUUUAAGUUCUUGGGAUCGCGCAAUCUUUAUGCGAGCAACGUCUGGACUCUACGAUCUCAUCCUGCUGAACAGCGCAAUGUGUGCAUACGGCGCGGGGCACCAAUGGAAGCCGGCGCAGUCGUGCCUGGAGGCGAUGAGGGAGAUGCGCUGCUACGACAAAGCAAGCCUCAGUGCAGCGAUUACAUCGUGUGAGAAGGCGAGUGAGUGGCGCUUUGGCCUCCAGCUUGUGCGGGAGCUCAGCGUUGCGGAUUCUGUCGGUUUUGGCGCAGCAAUGAGUGUGGCCGAAAAAGCUGGGCACUGGCUGAUAGCCGUGAACCUUCUUCGUGACCUGCGCUUGCAGCAAGUGGAUGCUGACGAGAUCCAUACCAGUGCUUGUAUCAGUGCAUGUGAGAGGGCAGAGGCGCAGAAAGACAGCCGGUCGGAUUGA